AAGGGCUGGUUAUAACAUGAAGACGCUGGAACUGCCCAGGACGACACUGGGUCUGUGACUCGUCCAGGAGCGGCAGGCGGACGUGAUGACAGGGCAGCGAUCCACUGCUGAGCAAGUUCUAAACUUGUUUACCUGCUAGGACCGUUAGUUAAUAGCUGUGACAAACAAGUGAGUAACCUAGCAUGAGUUUGAUGAAGGUAGAGCCAGUGCAGGGAUCAUUUGGGAGUUUAGGCUAACUACUCAGUGGCUAGCUAGUGUAAAAUCUGUAAAAGCCAUCGCGUCAGCGCUGCUAGCUAUCGCUAAACCUGUUUAAAGUGCUCUAGAAGUUGGUUCGUGACUUUCGGCAACAUUUACAGAGGAAAUAGUUGUAAAAGUCAAGUCGGGAAAUCAUGACGUCGAUGCUAUUUGAUCCGUCAACAUAUGCGGAGGAGCACUUUUGACUUUGGGCUGUCAACAAGCUCGCUGGCGUUAGCUAUCCUGGCUAGCCAGCAGCUAGCACUCCUGCUACCAUGGCCAGAAUAGAAAACGGCCGUCAGUCGGCGGACACUACGAGCAUCCGGACCAUCAGCAGCAGCCGCAUAGACGACGAGAGCUCGUUGGGAUCCGACUCGGAGAUCAACGGCUUCACCAGCGACAGGCAGACCGAUAAAUAUGGAUUCAUCGGCGGGGCGCAGCAGCACUCGCAGGCGUCAGCUCAGGAUGUGCCUCCAGAGGUGCUCAGGCAAAGGGAGGUGAAGUGGCUGGACAUGCUCAACCACUGGGACAAGUGGAUGAUCAAGAGAUUCGACAAGGUGAGGCUGCGGUGCCAGAAAGGAGUCCCUCCUGCCCUCCGAGGCCGUGCAUGGCUCUACCUGUCAGGGGGCAAGGUGAAGAAAGAGCAGAACCAAGGAAAGUUUCAGGAGCUGGAUAGCCAGCCAGGGGAUCCCAAAUGGGUUGAUGUGAUUGAGAAAGAUCUCCAUCGACAGUUUCCUUUUCAUGAGAUGUUUGUGUCACGGGGAGGACACGGACAGCAGGAUCUGUUUCGUGUUCUUAAGGCCUACACUCUCUACAGGCCAGAGGAGGGAUACUGCCAGGCUCAGGCUCCCAUAGCUGCUGUAUUGCUCAUGCACAUGCCUGCUGAGGAUGCCUUCUGGGGGCUGGUCCAAAUUUGUGAGAAGUAUCUUCCUGGCUACUACAGUCCUGGCCUGGAAGCUAUACAGUUAGAUGGAGAGAUCCUGUACGCUUUGCUGCGACGCGUCUCCCCACUAGCCUUCCGCCAUCUGGAAAAACACAAGAUCGACCCCAUCCUCUACAUGACUGAAUGGUUUAUGUGUGCCUUCUCCAGAACGCUGCCUUGGGCUUCUGUGCUGCGUGUCUGGGACAUGUUCCUCUGUGAUGGAGUAAAGAUAAUCUUACGUGUUGGUUUGGUGCUGCUCAAGUGCAUGCUGGGGACCCGGGAGAAGCUGAAGGCCUGUCAGGGCCAGUACGAGACCAUGGAGCUUCUCAGGGCCAUCGAGCCUCGAUACAUGCAGGAGGGUUACCUCGUCCGAGAGAUUCUGGAGGUGCCAGUGACCGCACGAGACGUGGAAAGAGAGCAUCACACCCAGCUGAAGCGCUGGAGGAAGAACCGCGGAGAGCUCAACUUCAAACCGCCUCCCAGGAUGCACGGCGCAAGGCUCGUCAUGUUGGCAGAGCCGCCCAGGCGCCAGGACCUGCAGCAGAACCCCACUAUUGUACUGGAAGUGCCUCCGCCCACCUCGCAGCUGAAGAAGGGAAAGGAGGAGAAGAAGAGCAAGAAGAAGAGGAGCAGCAUGAAGAAAUCCCAACCCAUUAUGGAGGUCCCCAACCCUUACCCUCUUUCAAUCGACCCUCCGCCUCCACCACCACCCACAGAGCCACCUGCCCCACCUCCGGUCAGGGUCGAGACAGCCGAGGCUGUGCCACAAACUGAAACAAACUCAACUCACCAGCAGCAAGAGCCUCCUACAGUCCUCCCCCCUGCCAAAGAAUCUCUUCUUCAGCGAUCCACACAAAGCCUUUGCAGCACAGACCAGGACACAUACCUGUAGCUCCACGUCUGUCAGUGUGUGUGUGUGAGUGAAACACCAGCACCCAUCAGCCAACAACCAGCUGGCUUUGUCGGCAUCACUAUCACUAUUUUUCUAGUGUUAGACUGUUUUAUAUUCAUUCUUUCAUUUCAAAAACCGUUAUGCCUAUGAUAUUAUUGAUGUUCCAAAAACAUAGUUGCUAAAUGUAAAACUGCUUUGAUGCCAUUUCUCCACAUGAAGCUGCUGUGAUCUCCUGUGAAUGGUUUCACUCAGAUCCAGGUGUCCUGUUUACAAGGGAGACACGUUACUGAGUUUUUGGAAGCUAGGUCAUUUCUCAAGACAGGUGUGGUUUAAAUGGGACUCAAAGGACAAUGAGGUGCCACAGCUCAUAGACUGUGUAUAAAGUUGGUCGUGAAGUCUCCACUUCCUCCCAUCAUCCAUAAAUGAAGCCAAAAUAUCUCAGAUACUAAGGCUGCCCUCUUGCACAUUUGAAGCUAGAGUCUGCACAGUAGCGAGCCGUGGUAGCAAGGUCUCGCCAAUACAGGCGACCAAUUGCAUGUCAGUCUGACCUGUCAUUCAUGACAUUUCACCUCAUUUUUAUAGCAUCAAAUACUUCAUAAAAACCAAACUUACUGGAAAAUGAGCACUUGUAUCCCAUCCACUAACAUGGAGUAGGUAGGGUUUAUGACCUUUACUACAGCCAGCCACCAGGUGGCUAUCAAGAUGCUUUCGCUUCACCUUGGGGAGCUGUCAUGUGUCCAUCUUUAUGUACAGUCUAUGCUAAUAUUGUGCAGCAGUGGACACAAACUCUUUUCAUCUUUCAAACUACUUUAGCCAAUAUGUUUCAUGAGGGGUUUUGUACACUAGAGGGCAGUGUUGAAAAGGUUUCCUCUUACCUGUUAGUAAAACUGAUCAGAGCAGGGAUGGGCUUCCUUUUAGGAUUCACUCAGUUUGGGAGAUAUACGUUUGACAUUGAUGUUGGAUUUCUUCUUGUCCAGUAGGGGAACUUUUUCACAACUUGCAUUUCAUGUUUUAUAUUCUUACUUUUCAGCUGAAAAUGAUCUUCUUCAAGUCAUGACCUCACCCCACAUUGAGUUCAUGCAUGUUUUCCUCUACAAAGCACUAUUAUUUAAAGAACAGUGUGAACAUUAAGUUGUGCUCUCAAGUGUUUCAGAGUCUGUUUAAUAGACACAGUUAAUCUCUGUAUAUCCGUGUGCCAGGCACAUCUAGCCACUUUAAAUCAGCAGUAAUUCAUGUUGCCUGGGCAGCAGAGAGGAGCACACAUUCCUCAUCGUGUCCUACAUGUCUGCCUUGUUACAAGCCAAUCGUCUAAAAAAUGUCUCUUGCCAAAUUUUAAUCUGUGUAGUGUGUGUGUUCGUCUUUGUUUCCUGUCACAGCCGGGGCAGUGAGUUAGUGCAGAUUAGUGCACUUGACGUAGCUCAAGUAUCCAUUUGGGGCCAAGCAGAUCUUUAUGUCUAGUUUGUUGGGUUUAUUUCUGUUUUUAAAUAUUUUUUUGCUAGAAUUUCCAAAGCAAAUCAAGACUGUUAUUUUGAGACGAUCUUUGACCGCUUCCUGUGACCAGACUUAUUCCAUUAGCACAGACAAGGGAUCAUUUAGAGAUUUCAAGAUUUACUGGGGUAUUUCUUGCCUGAGAGCCCUCAUAUCUUUGGGAAAUUGGGAGAUGAGCAUGGGUUGUUAGGCUCUUUUGUCUUGUAACUUUCAUCACAAUGAUAAAUGAGAAAGGGAGUCCUGACAAGCACAAGUACAUAUGUGGGAUGUGUUUGUGUGUAUACUUAAUAAAUACAAUUCUGCUUUAAAAAGUGCAUGUAUAGGUCAGUUAUAAACAAACCAGUGGGGUUUAAAAGAAUAACACAUGUUCGAGCAGUCACUUGUCUAUAUGCAAUAGUUUUUUAGUUGCUUGUAUUUCACACUUUACAUGUUUUAUUUUAAUUUAAUGCUUUUUCUGUAGAUAUGACAUGUAAAAUAACAAUUUGUUUUGUAAUGAAAUCUAUUUUUCCCAUAUUUUAUCGAGCAUUUAAGAGAAACUUUAAUUCAGCUGCAGUCUCAGACAAUAUAUUUUACAUCCUUAUUUGUAACACUAUUGGGGGAAAUGUUCAUUCAUCUGGAAUAAAUGGGUAACUCCUGCCUCUGAAAAUACUUUUCUCCAGACUGGUAUUUUACCGUUCUCAUUAAGGUGAUGAAAGACGUUUGACAACCAUGACGCAGUUCGCAUCAUUGUGAGUUUCACUUUUACAAAUAAAGUUUUAUUUAAAGCAAA